AUGGCUUCUCAAUCUUCGAAUGAAACUACUGAACAAAAAUCACAUGAUGAAAAUGAAGAAAAUUUAAGUGAAGAACUAAAUACUGAAGAUCAUAUACAACGAAAACGUAUUCGAGCAGGUUCUCAUCCUGAUGAAGAUUCUGAAACUAAGAAUAAUAAUGAUAAUACAAAUGAAACUGUUCAUGAAAUAACAACAACACCUAUUGAAAAUCAUGAAAUAUUAGAUAAUAAAAAAACAACAAAUAAUACUGGUCCAAUAAAACGACGUAAAUUAAAUGUUGAUAUUGAAGAACUUAUUGAUCAAGAUGAAAAAACAAAUGAUUCUGUUCAAACAACAACAACAAAUAGCGAAUCAAAAGAUGAAUCUUCAACAACAACAACAACAACAACAACUGAUGAAGAUGAUGAUGAUACUGAAACAAAAAAUGAAGAUGAUGAUGAUGAUGACGAUACUGAAAGUAAUGUUAAUGAACAAAAUAAUUUACCACCAACAACAAAUAUUUAUUUACAUUUACGACAACGUCAACUUGGUAUAUUUAAUCGACCAAAAGAUCGUGCAACAUGUCGAGCUUUUCAUAAUAAUAUCAUAGCUAGUCGAAAUCUUGUUCAACGAAUGAAAGUCUCACAUACACUUGAUGCACAUAAUGGUUGUGUUAAUGCUUUAGCAUUCAAUAGAACUGGAACAUUAUUAGCAAGUGCUUCAGAUGACUUACAAAUUAUUUUAUGGGACUGGGCAUCAAAUCAAGCAGCUGUUGCCUAUGAAAGUGACCAUCAUAGUAAUGUUUUUCAAGCAAAAUUUAUACCAUUUUCAGAUGAUUGUAAAAUUGUAAGUUGUGCACGAGAUGGUCAAGUACGUUUAGCUGAACUUCAUCCGGAUGGUUCAUUAUGGCGUACAAAAAAAAUUGCUCAACAUUUAGCAUCGGCUCAUAAACUUUCAAUUGAUACAAUAACAGGUACUGAUAUAUUUUCAUGUGGUGAAGAUGGUAUUAUUUAUCACAUUGAUCUUCGUGAAAAUAAAUCGAAUAAAUUAUUAACAAUAAGCAGUGAUACAAUUAAUCAUUUACCUCUUUAUUCAAUUGAACUUAAUCGCAAUAAUCAAAAUGAAUUUGUUGUUGCUGCUAUGGAUCCAUAUAUACGUGUAUUUGAUCGACGAUAUAUUGAAACAAAUACAACAAAACCAUUAAAAAGUUUUUGUCCAGAUUUAUUAAAGAAAAUUGAAGACCGUCAAAGACAACCAUCAGUUACAUGUGCUGUUUAUAAUUAUAAUGGCACUGAAAUCCUUGGUUCUUAUAAUGAUGAAGAUAUUUAUUUAUUCGAUGCAACACAUUCGGAUGGUGCAGAUGCUAUUCAUCGUUAUCGUGGUCAUCGAAAUAGUAAUACAGUAAAAGGUGUUAAUUUUUAUGGUCGUAAUUCUGAAUAUGUGAUUAGUGGAAGUGAUUGUGGUCAUGUAUUUAUUUGGGAUAAAAAUUCUGAAAAAUGUAUUUGGUAUGAUAAAGGUGAUGAUGAUGGUACAGUAAAUGUUCUUGAACCUCAUCCACAUUUUCCAAUAAUUGCAACAAGUGGUCUUGAACAUGAUAUUAAAAUAUGGGCACCACUUAGUCAAGAAUCAAUCGAUUUUAAACGACUUAAAAUAUUAAUGAAACGAAAUGCUCGUGAACGUGAACAUGAACUUCAUUUUGCUAGUGUACUUGAUACAGAUACAAGUGGUUUAUUACGUUUAAUGCGUCCAGUAUUUCGAAGAAUUGUUCGACGAGCUAAUGCCGAUGGCGAACGAACGAAUGAAGAUAAUGAUGAUGAUGAUGACGAUGAUGAUGAUGAUGAUGAUGAUGAAGUUUCAAGACGUGCUCGACAUAUUUAUUCAUUUGAUUGUGCACCAUCAUGA